AUGGUUCACAUUCCCAAAUUCAACGCCGUCCUCGUCGUUUCCGCGCUGGCCUCGCUCAUCACAGUUCCUGCGGUCCCUAUCACGCAGCCUUUCGAGGGCAACGGCACUGGCAGAACCACACACCUCAAGGCCCUUGGGGGCAACAUCGGCGCUGGCGCUCUCCCGAGCUCCGGACUCAGAGGCGCAAAAGCCGCCCCGUCAGUCGCUGGUGCAGUCGCUACCGCCCCUUCGACUGCGAUCAACGGCGUCGCUCCCUCUUCGAGUGUGGGCCCAGCUGCCUCGCAGACAUCACCGGAUGCAAGCUUCAUCCCCUCUCGCCCGACUUCCGUCGCUGCGGUCGCUACUGAAACUGUCACACAAACACUUGUGGUGACGGUUUCGAGUCCUCCCCUCGCCACGGUCACUGUCACGCUCGCGCAGGUUGAGCCGCAGGCUGCUGGCGGAGUCAUCGACGGCGUCGCUGGAGGAAGCGCCGGAGUCGCUGCGGUCGGCAACACCCCAACCUUCACCUCCCCUGCCCCCAAUCUCCCCGUCGCGACUCGAGUGGCGGCCACAGGACCCAAGCGGGACGAUACUCCAAGGGGAGGGAGUGGGCCUAAGCUCAUCUAG